AUGAAUAAACUUGAGGAAGCUUUGUAAAAUUAUGAUUUUGCAACUACUAAAUAUCCAGAACAUGCAGAUAAUUAGUUCCAUCUGAGGAAAUUUUAUAUCUCCUUUUUUUUAGCCACACCUCUAUUGUAUUUUUUAGUUUUGAGAAUGACAACAAUUAUGUAGAUUUGAAAAAGCUUUGUUAACCAUGAUUUAGCGUUUAAGUACAAUCUAUUAAAGGAUAAAAUACUAUUUAAAAGGUAAAGUGUAAAUAUAUUUUAUAGCAACAAUUGAUCAAAUAAAUAGAUAUGAAGAAGCAUUGCAUUAUAUUGAUUUAGCUAUUAAUUUAAAAAUUAUUAGCACAAAGGUAUAUUAAUAAAUUGAAUAUUUUUUCAGCAAGCACAUUAUCACAAAUAUACAGAUUCGAGGAUGCUUUGUAAAAUUAUGAUUUUGCAAUUAUGAGAAACCCUGAUUAGCCAAACUUAUAUUAUUGGAAAGGUAUAUUAGUAAACUCCUUAUUUUUCAAGCUACAACACUAUUCUUGUUUAAGUUAUUUCAUUUUAUAAAAAUGACUAGAUUUGAAGAAACAUUAUAAUAUCUAGAUAGAGCAAUUCAGAUAAAUCCUGAAAAUUCCCAAUAUUAUUAUAGCAAGGGUAAAAAGAAUAAAAUUAGUUUUGCAGCAAGAACAUCAUUUUGA